AUGGAAGGACCAUCAGCCAUACUGAAGCCGUCGGCUAUGAACGGUCAAGUCUUUCGACGCAACCCCUCCGCAAAGCCAUGUCCUGGAUGCAGGAACGCUUCACUAUGCGACAUUACAGGCCGCGGCUACGUCUUGGACAUUGACGUAAAGCAAACUCUAGAAGAAGCAAAAGCUCAAAACGAAAACGAAUGCUACCUAUGCUUUCUGGUAUGGUGGUCCCUCAAGAACCGUGCGGCCAAGAUACUGGCGAUGGACGACCCCGUCAUCGCCCUGUACUGCAACCCCCCAUUCAGUACACCAGUCCAGCAGAUCGACGUGAUAGUCGUCAGUAAGAAAAAGCGACAAGACUUGGGUUGGGCCCCUGACUUUUCGGGUCUUUCGCAUCUCGGUCCACCAGAUGCCAAGCCUUGGGUUACUCGAGGCCGUAUAGUCUUAUACGCAGACCCUAGACGCGGACGACCUGAAGACAGGAGAUGUCGUGUCAAGUUCCGAAGGAUCGAGACCAAUUCUGGGUCCCCAGCUUGCUUCGACCUGGCCAAGCAAUGGAUCUCGGAUUGUCUAUUCAACCACUAUGGAACCUGUCCAUCAAAUUACAGGUCACCUCUACCUCUUAGAUUGAUCGACGUUGGACCCUCCGACGGCUCUGAACCUCCCCGGCUCAUAACUACAGCUUCCAACCAGCGUGGGAGAUACAUCGCUCUCAGUUAUUGCUGGGGACGGAAGCCAUUCUUUGCCCUAACACCGUCCAAAAAAUCUGAGCUGGAGCAAUGUAUCCCCUUUGAUAAGCUUUCAGAGACUAUCAAAGACACUAUCAUCAUUGCCAGGCGCCUCAAUGUACGCUACGUAUGGAUCGACUCACUCUGCAUCAUCCAAGGCUCAGAAGAAGAAGCUGUCAAAGACUGGGGAGUGCAAGCGCAGCAAAUGGGGACCAUAUUCCGCUUCGCCUUCUUGACGAUAGCGGCUUCUUCAUGCGAUGAUGUCUAUCAAGGGCUACUCUGUGACCGAGACAACCUCUCCCGCUCAUACUACGAGUUUCCAGCAGACAAGAAGGGUCGAGACAUGGUCUAUCUCGGCCGCUGUGACAAUGCUAUAGAGCCUCAUUCUUUGAAUGAACCGCUGCAUCGGAGGGGAUGGGUCUUUCAGGAGUCGUUUCUCUGCGUCAGAUCCAUUUCGUACGAAAAGGGGGAGCUUUUGUGGAGAUGUCGAGCAUGCCAGUGUCGAGAAGGCCUCAUGGAAAGCGAACCUCUUCCUCACAAAGUCUCAGAAAGCGAUGUACCAAGCAACAUCCGAGCCAACUGGAAGUCUAUCGUGGCCGAAUACAGUAAGAACAGCCUCACGUAUCCGAACGACAGGCUCCCAGUCAUAGCGGGACUCGCAAAGAUAGCACAACACGGCUCACCAACAGACUACCUCUACGGAGUAUGGAUGGACCAGCUUGCAGAGUCACUCUUGUGGGAACACCGCGGUCACACAGUCGACAGGAUACGAGUCCACACCUGCCAGAGGAAGCGUCGUGCACCGUCAUGGUCUUGGGCAUCUGUAGACGGACAGAUCAUGUUUCUCAAAGGCGCCGACCCGACAUACAUCCAGGCUAAAAUCAAGGGCGAAGGCCUGCUCAUCAAUGGAUACCUUCGAAGUGUCAAGACGAUCAGGUUGUCGACUUCGGGGAGCUACUACGGCGGUUAUGACAACUUUAGUCCUUGGACGAACUUGCCGACGACGAUGAAAACUUAUCUAGACAGUGAUGACGCGAUACCCAUUCAGCACCGACUACGGCGAGAUGAUGAUAGUCCUCUUGAGUUGGUAGAUGUCUGGUUUCUGUACCUUGGGCCAAGCUCAGGUCUCAUCAUCGUAGAGACGUGUGACAUGGAAACUCCGCCUCGCAGACUGUUGCAAUCAGCCUAUCAGACCUUGGUGGAAUAUAAAAAGUACGUUCGGCUGGGGUCUUUUGUUGGAUAUCCCAUUCAGAGGAAGUGGUCAUCGCGUAUCCUCCUGGUCUAG